AUGGCUUCUACGACUGCGUCUGCCGGCUCACUGCCUCCCGAUCUAUUCGACACCACGACUCUUGUGUCGCUUGCCGCCUGUCUUGUGUUCCUAGCCGCCGGUUAUGCCGCGUCUCGCCGGUUUCUGCCACACAAUGCCAAGGGCAGCACGCGAGUGCUCUUUAUCUGGCAUGCUUUUGACGCACUCAUCCACCUGAUCCUCGAGGCCAGCUUCCUCUACCACUGCUUCUUCAGCUGGAUCCCUGUCUCAUCUGUUUCGGCCGAGGACCUUGCUAGCAAGCGCUUCUACAUGCCCGAGCCGUCGGCGUUCCUCGGCCGCCCCGACCGCAUCUACGGCCCCCAAGCCGGUGCCAUCCAUGAUCAACCCUUAGCCAAGCUGUGGAUGGUUUAUGCUCGGGCCGACCGCCGCUGGGGGGGCCCCGAUUUGGGCGUGAUUAGCCUAGAACUUUUGACCGUACUCUUCGUCGGCCCCAUGGCCGUGUGGAUCUGCUACGAGAUGGCCAUGCGCCGCAGCCGCGUCAACGUGCUGAUGAUCAUUGUCGCGACAGCCGAGCUGUACGGCGGUUUUAUGACCUUCUGCCCUGAGUGGUUGGUGCUUAACGACAACCUGGACUGCUCUAACUUUAUGUACAAGUGGGUGUACAUUGUCUUCUUCAACACUCUGUGGGUUUGGCUGCCGCUGUACGCUCUGUACGUGGCCAUCGGCGAGAUUCAGGACGCUUUUGCUGUUCGUGACGCGGUUGCCGAGGGAAGGAAGUUGAAAUAA